AUGGAAGCCAGCCGCGGCGUGCGCGAUGAGGAGAUGUUCUUCGGCAAGUCUGCGCCAGACAGCUACGACGAUAGUCCGGUAGUCGAACCGCUACGGAUCUUCAAGCCUCCCGGGCCUGAGCCGAAGCCUGCCGUCGAUACCGUUUGGUCAUCCUGCCAAAGAAAGCCGUCAUUCCCUCUGCCACCAGGAGCCUCAAGCUCUGCUGCUCCGCUUCCCUUCCCAGACGACGACGUACGUAGACCGACCCCUCCAAGGCCCUACGGCUCUGCCUAUUCCAGCGUCACUUCCCCGAUAGAUACCUGCCAGUCCGCGGGGGAGAAGAAGCCCGGGCUCGCCGAGAGACGAGGUGCCUCGCCCAAAGUCAUUCAUUCACCUUCGAGUCCAGAUGCGGAUCAUGGCCUAUUCGCAAGGCCUCUGGGGGAGCAAAGUCGUCCCGUCGCUUGCAACACGAACAAGCCAACCUAUUCAACGAAGCCGUACUAUCCUCCUCCGGGCGACGGCACCGCGACCAGCUCUGCCGCCUCUAGCAAUGCGUAUGCGCCCCAGUUGCAUCCCGGAACGAUGAUUGCCAACCAAAAUCACGCCCCAGCGACGAGCGACCAGGGCGUGAGUCGCUUCGCUUCGACAGCUUCCAUUUCAACAACGAGGGCAAGCCGCGGAUCGCCUCCGCCACCGGAGACCCCGAUAGACCGACCAGCCGUUGUUCCUGGCGGAAGCAUCGAGGCCCGCUAUGCAGCCUCGGGCAUCGCGGGCGCUGCUACCCUUGACAGCCUGCAGGCCCAUCAAGCUCAAAGUGCUGCCGCGGCGCAGAGGACGGCGCAUUACGGCAACAUGCCGCCUCAGGCCCAACCUCCCUCUCACCGGCCAUGGACACCCACAGAGUCCCCGGGCCAGGCCCCAGCAGGCCCCCCGACGGUAUAUCAGGGGUCAAAUCCGGUCUCGAGUACCGAUUCGCGACCAGCUGUCAAUUCACCCCAGCCACAUGAGCAGCAACCUACCCAUUCGUCGGGAAACCCCACCGUUCAGCUCGGCGUCUUGGAGCAGGACUUUCAGAGGAUGAGCACCAAAACGCCGCCCCCGGCGUACUCGAGCGUAAACCCUGGCGGACGACGGACUUCCAAUUCGAACGAGAAGCAACGGCCACAACAGCAAGCAGCGAGGCCUGCUGCGGUGCCUUCACCCGCAUCCAGCGCCUCGCCGCCGCCGCAGAAACCAACGGCGACGACGGCAGCCGCAACAGCAACAGCCGCCGCAGCGCUUGCUUCGCCUGCGCUUCAACAUCCAGGUCACCCCGCAUUCGCUAACGACCCUCGGCCCGAGCAAGAUACUUCAUCGUCGCAGCUGACGGCGUCGACUCCUGCCCCCGUGGCACCCAGUCCCCUGUCUCCGCCCCCCUUGCCAGAAGGCUGGAUGGCUCAUUUAGAUCCGAACUCGGGUCAGUACUAUUACAUUCACCUGGCCUCCCAGGCCACACAGUGGGAGUUCCCCAAGGGCCCCAACCCCAUUCAGCAUGAACAGGCAGCACCGCUGUCUCCCACGACGACGAACACGUACGGAAAUCCCUUGGUUUCCCCCAUGUUCGGGAAUCAGCCGCUAGCGUCGCCAAUGAUGACCCCUCACACACCAGGGUAUGCCGAAAGUAUCAUGAGCGCUUCUACUUCACAGACACCAACCGCCGCCGGCUUCUCUGGGCCGCCACCGAGCUCUGGCGUCGAGAUGUACCGCGUUCAGCCGACGAAUGGCGUGUACUUUGGUCCGUAUCUUCGCUAUGCUAACAUGGACGUCGAGAAGGGACUAUGGCAUGGGAGCAUCCUGGUCGUGACGGAUGCGCCCCAGCCUCCCACGAUACAUAUCCACAAAUCCGUCGACCUAUCUCCGAAUCCACGGCAGCUGCAGGCUCGCAUCAUUCACACGCACCAGCGUUGGUCUUUUUACAAAUACGAAGUCCAUCUUCAAAUGGGCGAUGGAGGCACUGAGAGAUGGACGUACGCAGUCACCUCCCACUUGGGCUGUACGCGCUAUGAGUUCGUUGUUGCUGGUCGAAACGAGAUGGGCUGGCGGUUCAUUGCCCACUCCGGCAACGACUUCGCCACCGGCACAUCCCAGAAUGACAGGGCCAGGCUCGGCGGUGUCGGGUUCAUGUGGAAAGAUGUCCUGCAGAGGAAUGUAGAAUGCGGUGGCUUCCACGUGCAGCUCGGCCUGGGCGAUCAGAUCUACGGAGACCGGCUGUGGAAGGAAGUCCCGCUGCUGAAGCAGUGGCUGGCCAUGAGCGGCAGGGAUAACAAGAAGGGUGUGCAGUGGACUGCUCGUCACGAGGAGGAUGUUGGGCACGCCUACUUUCACUUCUACACGAGCCACUUUGACCAGCCGUUUAUACGGGAGGCCUUUGCUCAGAUCCCCCACGUCUUGCAGAUGAACGACCACGACAUAUUCGACGGAUACGGAUCCUACCCGGCGUACAUGCAAACGUCGCCCAUGUUCCAAAACAUUGGCCGCAUCGCGACAGACAUGUAUCUGCUGUUUCAGCAUCAUACGACGGCGGAGCUGAUGCGAAAUGUUAGCACGGACCACGAUCUGUUCACCAUCACCGGCACGGGCUGGCACUUCGUCAAGCAUCUGGGACCUGCUCUGGUGGUCGCCGGAGCGGAUUGCCGCUCGGAGAGGUCUCAGGUUCGAGUUUUGGCUGGACCAACGUACCAGGGCAUUUUCCCCAAGAUUGCGACGCUGCCACCGAGUGUUCAGCACGUCAUCUGGAUGGUCUCGGUUCCGUUGAUAUAUCCAAGACUGGACACGGUCGAGAGCUUGGCGAACACGGUAGCGGCCGGCAAAAAGGCGGUCAACACUACGUACAACAUCCUCGGAAAGGUAACCAGCUCGGUCGCCGGUGUCGUCGGCGGCAAGGAAGUCGUCGCCCAGGGCUUCUCGCAGGUGAAGAAGGCCGUGGGAAAGACGGGUCUGAUGGGCAACGUCCUGAAUCAGUUUGGUGAGCUCGACAUCCAAGAAGUGCUCAAGGACAUGUGGACACAUGAAACGAAAGACUUGGAGCGGACGUAUUUCAUCCGGACCCUGCAAGGGAUUGCCCAACAAAAGGGUAUUCGCAUGACUUUCCUAUCCGGAGAUGUCAAUGCUUCCGGCGCUGGCCUCGUUCAUGAUCCUACACAUCCCGGCGACCACAAGACCAUGUACCAGAUCAUUUCGUCCCCCAUCGUGGGAGCUCCUCAGGGCGGCUAUGUUCUCAAGAUGCUGCAUAACCAGAAGACGCUAUACGUGCCUCAAAAUGGCCAGAGGUCGACGCACGAGGUGUCAGACACCAAGGAGGACAUGAUGGAGAUUUUCCACAACGACGCUAGCGGAGCCACACGUGAGAUGAAGAAGCUGAUGGGGAGGAGGAACUACGUUUCCCUGGUCGCCUUUGACCAGGAGGCGGCGAAGCAAGCAGGACCCUUCAGCCCAAAACUGGGCGGCAGCAGCCAGCAGCAGCAGCAGCAACAGCAGCAGAAUGACCUGACCAAGUUGAGCAUCGCCGUGGAUUUUGUGGUCCAGGGAGACGGCGCGUUUCAGGCGACGACAAAGUACGGACCAGUGGUGAUACCACAUCUGGAGUACGGAAGGUGA